AAACUCUUCCACGAGCAGAACAACUAAACAAGUUUAUAAUUACUGAGAACUAUCGAGGAACGCAAUUAGAAUCCAGCAAGCAUUAUAAUCCGUGAAUGGAGAACGAAACCCGUCAGCUCAGAAUUCCCGGUGGAAUCGUUCAUCAUUACCCACAUUGGUAUCAAUGUCCUCCUCAUCACCACCACCAGCCACAGCACCUUCACCACCACCAUCAUUCACAUCACCUUCACCACCACCACCACCACCUACAUCCACAUCACCUUCACCACCAGCACCAUUUAGGUGGUCAUAAUCUCAAUCCUUGUAUACAUCACAACCUUACUUCCCACCCUAAUCUUAAUCACUUUCAUUCGUGCCCUAAUUUUCCUCCUCCUCCUGCAACUAUUCCCUGUAGACUCCAAUCUGGUACCUCUGUUACUAUUCCUGGCACUCUCAAUGUGGAGACUUCUUCUGGCUCUAAGGAACAACAAGGUUCAGAUUAUCAGUUUGUGCAUGAGGAAUAUCAUCUAGAAGAAGAGCAAGAAGAGGAAGAGGAAGCAAUGUAUGUUAUGACUGACGAAUGGUUGGAGUUCUUUGCUAAAUCAGAAGCGAAAAGAAAAUUAGAAAAGCAACAAGCGAAGCUGAAGAAGAAGCAGCAGCAAACAAAGCUGGAGAAGAAGAAGCGGGCUAGCUAAUUUGAGACCAAGGUUUUGAAACAAGUCCAAUCCAUUAUGAUGCAGAGAGAAAAUCCAUAUAUUGGGAUUUUGAUAUAUCAACAGUUUCAACUUGGUCACGGUUUUCAUGGUACAACUAUUUCUGACCAAGGUAAGCCAAAGACAAGUUUUAUGGAGAAUUUGCACAUCUUCUGUUACAUAUAUGACAAGAAGACUAGGUAUUUGGUAAGAACUGUCUUAGAUUUCUUGCAGCUAUGUAGAUUGUAUCAUUUAUCAGAUUAUUUCAAUUUCUUUUGCUUGAACUUCCCGUUAAUCAGGGUUGUUGUUGUGCUACAAUUUCGUUAGUCUCUAGGACUUGUGUGUAUCGUUAUCUUAAUGAACUUGUUAUGGU